AUGGAUAACACAGCCGAUGAGAAUUUAUUAGAGUCUUCAUCAAAUGGGGUUUUUGAGAUUCCUGGAGAACCUGCUAUUGUAAUAAAUGGGUUGCCUCCCUUGUCUUCUGGUGACGACAUUCUUAUUCCUUGUUCUGUUACUAGUGCAGAACCCCAGAUGCUAACUGGCUUUGGUGAAUGGUUGGAAGGUAGAGAAGUGCAAAAAUUGUUUGGCGAACAACUCUUCAACGGAAAAGUCAUCGAAUUUGACAAGGAAAUGGGUUGGUAUAGGGUGGUUUAUGAAGAUGGUGACUUUGAAGAUCUCACCUGGGGUGAAUUGCAAGAAGUGUUAUUGCCACUAGACAUUACAAUUCCAUUGAAAACACUGGCGAUGAAAGUUAUCAAGAAGAGACAGAAAUCUGUUCACAAGUCUGAAAAAACUUCUGGUAGAAAAGGAAAUAAUGGCGCCUCUAGUAGCAAGGGCAUGUAA